GCGAUAAAAAACGUGCACGUGAGUGAGGGACGAACACGCAUAGCCUCACUAAAAUUUAAAAACGUUUAGCUGAAGAUUUUAUAAAUUAAAUAAUUUUUUGAGUGACAACCAAGAAGAUGUCGUGGCUUCUUGGUAGUUAUCGUAAUCAGCAACAGCCUCAAGAUUUUUCUCAGUAUGCUGCUGCAGGAGCUGGAGCUGGAGCUGGUGCCGGUGGUGAUGAACCACCAAAAAAAUCAGGAGGUGCUUCUGGAAUGGACGCUUAUAGAUUUGACUCGAGUGCACUGGAACGAGCCGCUCAGGCUGCCAAAGAACUUGAGAAAUCACCUUAUGCUAAAGAUGCGCUUGAGCUGACAAAGCAACAGGAGAUUUCUAAGCAGCAGGAGUUUCUUAAUAGCAUAAAGCAGAAUGAGGCUGCUAUCGAGCAACUGAAGAUUGAGCAGAAGAGAGUCGAUGGAGAAGAAAGAAGAAAAACAAUUGCUGAAGAAACUAGACAGCAUCAGGCACGUGCUCAGUAUCAGGAUUCUCUGGCGAGAAAGAGGUAUGAAGAUCAAUUGUCACAGCAGCAGAGAAUGAAUGAUGAGAAUUUGCGGAGACAGGAGGAGUCUGUAGCUAAGCAGGAAGCCAUGAGAAAGGCCACCAUUGAACAUGAAAUGGAGUUGAGGCAUAAGAAUGAAAUGAGAAAACUUGAAGCUGAGUUGAAGGCAAAAGCUAAAGUUGACAGAGAAAAUCAGGAUCUUAAUUUGGAAAAAAUUAGACUAAAGGCCUCUGAGCACCGAGUCACUGUUUUGGAAUCAAUUAAAACCGCGGGAUCUGUAAUAGGAACGGGAGUAACAACUUUGCUUCAAGAUUGGGACAAAAUAGUGGCAGCAGUUGGUGGUCUAUCUCUUCUAGCAUUUGGAGUUUAUACAGCGAAAGGAUCAACGGGCGUAGCAGCGCGAUACAUUGAAGCACGUCUGGGCAAACCGUCAUUAGUACGUGAAACUUCACGUUUCUCAGCACUGGAUGCUGUCCGUCACCCAGUUCAAUUAGUUAAAAAGCUGCGUGAGAAACAAUCAGACGCUCUUUCAGGAGUUGUACUCGCACCAAAGCUCGAAGAAAGACUGCGUGACAUUGCAAUAGCAACUAAAAAUACAAAACAUAAUCGGGGAAUGUAUAGAAAUAUUUUGAUGCACGGUCCACCGGGCACCGGUAAAACAAUGUUUGCUAAAAAACUUGCCCAGCAUUCGGGUAUGGACUACGCAAUUUUAACUGGUGGUGAUUUAGCGCCUCUGGGACGUGACGGAGUUACGGCUAUUCACAAAGUAUUCGAUUGGGCUUCGACGACACGCAAGGGUCUGCUCCUGUUCAUCGACGAAGCUGACGCAUUUUUAAGAAAAAGAUCCAGUGAACACAUUUCUGAAGAUCUUCGUGCUAUGCUCAAUGCAUUUUUAUACAGAACUGGAGAACAAAGUAGUAAAUUUAUGCUCGUCCUGGCUUCAAACACACCCGAGCAGUUUGAUUGGGCCGUUAAUGAUCGUCUUGACGAAAUGGUUGAGUUCCAACUGCCUGGACGCGAAGAGCGUGAGCGUCUGAUACGUCUUUACUUUGAUAAAUUUGUGCUCCAGCCCGCGACUGAAGGCAAGCGAAGACUCAAAGUCGCGCAGUUCGACUACGGAUCAUUGUGUUGUGAAAUGGCUGAUCUUACUGAAGGUAUGUCAGGAAGAGAGCUGGCUAAGCUUGGAGUCGCUUGGCAAGCUGCCGCUUAUGCUUCCGAUGACGGUGUUCUUACCGAGCAGAUGGUAAUUGAAAAAUGCAAGGACGCGGUCAAGCAGCACAAGCAGAAGGUCCAAUGGCAGAGCGAACAGGAGAGACAGGAAUCAAAAUCAAUUUACACGAAUACUGAUGAUACAGAUGAUAAAAAGAAGCCAUUGCUAGCCAUUGAACCGGCUCCGACAAACGAAAAGUCUUAAGAGCUACACUGCAUUUAAUUAAGUAAUUAAUUUACUAAUUAAAUAUCAAUUUCCGUACACUAUUUUUCCAAUGUUUUAUUUUAUGUAAAACACUCAUGACGUGACUUGUAAAGUUCAUCACAAAUUAGUUUAAAAAGAAAUAAUAAAUAAUAAAAUAAAAAACAAUUAAAUAAUUGUAAUUGCUGUAAGCUAUAUAUUAGAAUUUAUCAGGAAGUCAUAUAUAUAGUGUACAUAGAAAUGUUUGAAAAAAUGUUAACCACGCAUAAUUAUAUUAUUAAAUGGUUAAGGAUUUUCUCAGACAGUGCCCCCACUUUUUAAAAAUAUGCAAUGACCACUGUCAUCAGCAUUAAAUUUUUAUUAAUUAAUUUUAAAAAAAUAUAAGCAUUCAUUGAAAAAAGGACAAUUUUGCUGAGAUUGAUUGUAAAAAGAACUACGUAGUCAUCAAUUCGGAGUUGAAGGAAAUUUGGAAAAUAAAUUUCAGCAAAAUCUUCAUGUCAAUUUUAUAAUUCAAAUUUUGUAGACUCAAACUCAUUAAACUCCUAAUUGAUAACAACUGUAAUUUUUUUUACUAUACUACGUUGACUUUUUCUCAAUUAAUCCUUUAAUUGAUUGAUAAAAUUUUGAUACGCUGACAGUUGAAAGUAAUUGAAAAUUUUCAAAAAGCGGGAGUGAGAAUGGCCUCCAAAGCUUAAAUAUUUGAAUGCAUGAAUAACCUCAGGGACG